CGCGCAGAGAAGCGGCGUGUUUUGAAUCUGGCUACGUCACUGCGUCGCUGCGGUACGAGCUCAAACUAAACUAAACUAACGCAAAAUCUGACGAAACUGCGACGAAACUGAACCAAAGUGAGCGGCCAUGAGGAAAAGUGAGGUUUUGGCUGCUGAGGCCGUUUCCUGCCUGAACAAAGCUCUGAUGCUCCUCAAAGACGUUUGGGAGGAGAUCGGGAUCCCAGAGGAACAACGUCUCCAGAGAACCAACACGGUGAAGAACCACAUCCAGGGUCUGUUGGACAUGAUGAUCGCCGAGGAGCAGAGUUUGAAGCUUCGUUUGGAGAAAAGCGUCGAGUCGAGUCGCAGAGAAAUUCAACAACUGAGUGAAGAACUGGACCUGCCCCCGCCUCAGGAGGACAGAGGACAGAGCGUCCUUCAGGCCGAGAAGGACCUGAGGACCAGAGUGGACUUCCUCCUGAAGGAAAAGUCCAGACGAAUGGAACAUCUCAAGGAUCUGCUGCAGCAGGACCUGGAGCUGGCAGAUAUAUUAGGAACACCACCGUCCACCGUCUCGCCCACGGCCACGCCCACCGCCACGACGCUGGACCACCUGAGGCAGCACCUGGCCAAUCAGAGGGAGGAGAAGAGUCGGCGCCAGGUCCAGUUCCGGUCCCUCAGAGCCCAGAUCCUGGACCUGGUCUCAGAAUUGGACCACAGACCGGACUCGGGUCUGGAGGUCGACCUGCUCCAGUCGGACCCGGACGAGUUCUGCCUUUCCCUGGAGAAUCUGCACACGCUGGAGCAGCUGCUGGAGCGGCUGCAGCGGCGCCGGUCCGACCUGGAGGACCUGAGCCAAAAGAUCCUGGUCCAAAUCCAGAGUCUGUGGAAGCGUCUGGAGACUCCACCAGACCAAAGAGAAGAAUUCAACCAGAAGGUCCAAGAGAGCAGACUGUCCCAGAGAGUACAACAGCUGCAGUCGGAGGUGGAGCGUUUGGAGCGUUUGAAGAUGGAAAACCUUCGAUCUGUGAGCGACAGAACUCGAGAAGAAAUCAAAGAGUUUUGGGACAAAUGUUUCUGCAGCGAAGAACAACGACUCGGGUUCACCACGUUCUACACAGAGGAGGUCUCGGAGCGGGUCUUGGAGGUUCUGGAGGCGGAGCUUCAGCGUCUGAAACAGUUUUAUGAAGAGAAUCGUCCAAUCGUGGACGGAGUUCAGAAGUGGAUCGACCAAUGGGAGCUGCUGCUGGAGCUGGAGAGAAAAGCGUCGGAUUUUUCCAGAUUCACAAAUCGAGGAGGAAAUUUGCUCAAAGAAGAACGACAGAGAACAGAACUGAACAAGAACCUGCCCAAGUUGGAGCGUUCUCUCAGGACUCAGAUCGUUCUCUGGGAGCAGACUCACGACGUUCCGUUUCUGGUGAAGGGUUUGGAUUUUCUCCAGUUUGUGGAACAACAGUGGAAACGUCUACAGGAACAAAAGGAACACGAGAAGAACCAGAGGCUGCUGAAAAAGGCUCGUCAGACGGAGGAGGACAUGUUGUACGGCACCACAGUCCGGACUCCGACCAAACGGCGCUUCAUCGGCCCGUCCCCGAGCAGAACCCAGAACAGAACCCAGAGCCCGGGCCCCAAGAACCAGAACCAGGGACCCAGGAGCCUCAACAAGACCAAGAGAACCCUGCUCAGCGGCUGCAGCCUCUCGACCAAUAGCACGCUGCGGUCUCAGGUGUGCCGCUCGCCCGCGGCCCGCCCCCCUCUGCGCCCCGCCCAGAUUCCUUUGGUCCGGACUCCGGUCCGAUCUAAACCCGCCCUAAACCAGGACCAGCCCGAGACUAAACCAGGACUAACCCAGGACCAGAAGGAGAACCAGACCCAGACCCUGGGCUCCGUGGCCUCGUCCUACUCUCAGUUUGUGAGGGACCUGUCCGAGUCCAAUGGCCAAGUCCAAAACCUGGUCCUGAACUCCACAGACCUCUGAGACCAGACCAAGGUCCAAGGAUGAUCCUUAAACCUGAACACUGUUGCCCUGAGGUCACAAACACUACAGGAAGUGUCACCUCUCUGACCUCUGACCCCUGACCCCGAGAACAAAAUGAAGUGAUAUUUAUGCAUCUGUUUCUGAUCUGCACUUUUUAUAAACCAACUUUAGACGACGAACGCUCCCAAAGAAAAGACUUUACGAGAGAAUCAAGAAAAAACAGAUGUGUCGUUUAUCUGUCCUGUUUGAUAAAAACCUGUUUUAAUCACAAAUGUUUUAAGAAAUAUGACAUUUAUUUUAUUUUAUAUUGUGUUAUAUUAUAUAAAGAGCAGAACACUGUUUAGGACUCCGUGGUCGGGACCCCGUGGUCGGGACACUGCACAUGUUAAAAGUUUAUUGCAACUAAAUGUUCACUUUAUGAAAAUACAUUAUAUUUGGACAAACUGGCCCCAUCUGGAUUCUUUAUGUGGAAACAUGAAUGUGGCUGUUUGAAAGGUCUUAGUCGGGUUUGGAGGGUCUUAGGACAGACCUGACUCUCCCCGACGCAGACCUGACUCUCCCCAGUUCACGCACAAAGUACUUAAUAAUAAUUGUGAGUAUUAAAAUUCAGUUUUCUGUGACUAAACACA